UUGGACGCACAUCACAUGGGCAGACAGGGUAUUUACUAGCAGGAGCUGGACAUUCAUGAAACCUCGGAAACGUCACAUUUAUCAUGGAGACGCACUUUUUUUUCUAAAUGACACUACUCCAAUUUUGAAAACUUUCAAAUCCGAUUAGGUUACAAAAUGUCAAACUCUUACAGUCAGCGGUCUGUUGUCGUCCUGUCAUUACUGGGGAUUUUAUCGGCCAUUAUGUCCGUGUUAUCGGUCAUUCUGAUUUUCCAGCUGCAACCACAACACACGGCAAUGAAGGAGGACGCCACUUCGGUCGUGCCUCCGCAUGUCCGACCUUUUCUGUCCCCGGUGUCCACGAUACUCUCGGCUCUUUCGCUAACCCUGAACUUGAGCUCCGUGGUGGUUUGCCUUCUACACGGCUACUUUUCCACCGAGGUGUGUCGAGGAGAGCAGGACACCGAAAGAGCCGACUGGUUCCUAGUGGACAGUAGAGCUGUGCGACACUUAGCCAUCGGACUAUUCUGCCUGGGAGUUUCAAUCUAUUUAGCAGCUAUGUCCAUUUUUAUGCUCCUCAUAUUUGAGGCGGAGACAGGUAUUGCAAGCGCGUGUGUCCUGGCCUCUGGCAUCUUCAUUCUCCUGGUGGUGGUGAUCCACUCCCUGGUCAAGUUUUCCCGAGUGGCUAAACGAGGCCAAGACGACCAUCUGGAAAAUCUCUUUCGCAGUGAGCUCAGAAGUAGCAACGACAGUCCUGUGUCAUGGCCCUGCGAGCUUAAAAUUGGCGUGGACAAACUGCGGGUGCCCCGCAGACUUUCUCACUUCCAGCAUCACAUGUCGCUCACGCCUUCAAGUAGCCCUAGACACCAGCAGCAGCACCACCUGCAGGAGGACUACGCCCCUGUCGUCGAAGAAUUGCAAGGCCACUCGAGCAACACGGACGGCUACAGCGGUGGCGACAGCGCUCCUCGCUCACACAGGAGCUUAUCGUCAGACUCCGUUUUACAUAAGAGCAAACCCUGGAAUGGUGUCAACAACGAGAUGAGAAGCGUCCUGGCGCGCAAGUCGCUGAAUCCGGCAAAAGACUCGACGCUUGUGUAAUAACAGGCUGAUAAAGGUCGCAAUUUCAGUAAUUGCAUAGAUAUACAAUUUACACCUGAUUCGAUUCAAGAGCACAUGGAAUUGGAGAUACAGUAGGAAUAUAAGUACAGUGGUACCUCUACAUACGAUCACUUCGACACACGAUCUUUUCGACAUCCGACGUAAAAUUUGAGCCGCCAUUUGUUUCUACAUCCGACGAGUUGCUCGAAAUACGACGACAUGACAGCACUGCAAACGAACGCACGGUGGAUUUUCUUGUGUGAGAAAUCAACAGUUUUCAAAAAAAGUUGAUACAGUUGGAGAAACAAGGAAAAAAGUGAUGCUUACCUUUGAAAUGAAGAUGCAAGUUAUAGAAAAAUAUGAGCUUGGGGUGCGUGUCCCUGAACUGGCUCAACAAUACAGCUCCGUGGUCCUCUUCCGACCACCGUUCGCCACUAUUUAUAAGUUAAGGUGAAAAUUAUCAUUGUGGUAACAUUGCCAAGGAAAUCGCCAGCUUCGUCACGUUUUUAUCAUUUAUUUAAGAACUUAUCCAACACAAAACGCCCAUUAAGCAGUUGACUGCUCUCAAGAAAACGAAAGUAUUAUCUCUACCGCACCGACCUAUCUCACUUCGCGGUGCGUUCAGGGACAGUAAAAAGCCUGAACUGGCUCAACAAUACAGCUCCGUGGUCCUCUUCCGACCACCGUUCGCCACUAUUUAUAAGUUAAGGUGAAAAUUAUCAUUGUGGUAACAUUGCCAAGGAAAUCGCCAGCUUCGUCACGUUUUUAUCAUUAAUUUAAGAACUUAUCCAACACAAAACGCCCAUUGUCUUAAGCAGUUGACUGCUCUCAAGAAAACGAAAGUAUUAUCUCUACCGCACCGACCUAUCUCACUUCGCGGUGCGUUCAGGGACAGUAAAAAGUGUCCGCCAUAUUAGAAUCCGAUUCGUUACAUUAUUUACAGGAAUAAUUAUUAAUUAUUCUUCUUCUUAUUAUAUUAUUCUGAAUUAUUUAUUUAUAACGUAUUUGUUUUUCUAUGUUUAAUUGCCAUUUGUAACAGUGCCAGCAGUAUUUAUUAAGAAUUUAGUAUAUGUUUUUAGGCUUUGGAACGAAUUAAUGGAAUUAUAAUGUAUUCCUAUGGGAAAAUCCUGCUCGACAUACGACCAUUUCGACUUACAAACAAGGUCCUGGAACGAAUUAAAUUCGUAUGUAGAGGUACCACUGUAUUUAGUCAAUCACUAAGUGUGCAAGUUCUC